AUGGCAGCAAUCUUACAUCCAAAGAAGAACCCUUACCAAGGGCUAUGUCCGUCGCCAUUCCUUCAGGAGAACUUGUUCCCUCCACGGGGAGGCUAUAUCGAGGGCCGGUUCUGCACCAGUCAAUACACAACGGUGUCCUGCUGUCUACCAUGUCCAGUCGGUGAUUGGAAAUACUCCCCAGGCUUCCUAAAAAAGACAGAAGUAACCAACUGGCUUGCUGUUGCGGCCUUCAUCGCCAAUGCGUUGCUGUUAGUGUCCUACGCCGUAUUACCGGUCAAAGUGACGCAUCGUCACUACCUAAAUGUCUGCCUAAUAUUAGGGAUAAUGUCUUUUCAAAUGGCCUUUAUUGUUCCCCUAGCAUCGAAACCACAACAAUGCUACAAUGGAAUUACUCCAAAUGACAUGUUCUCAGAGCUGUCCUGCUCAUGGUCUGGCGCCUUUGUCCUAUUCGGUGCCUGGACAAGUAUAACGUGGAGUUUUUUCCGAACAUUGUCGCUUCAUUUACAGAUAUGCUGGAACCUUGUGCUUGGACAGCGCUUCUUUCUAGGCACUCUGGCCCUCGGCUGGGCCAUACCACCCAUGGGCAUCACAAUCGGCCUAGUUCUAACAGGCGUUUCUUACAGGUUCGGAAACGUCUGCCAUAUUAACCAUGACCAUAGUCUGGCUGAUUUCUGGGGGCCUAUCUUGGCCAUUUCCGGUGCAUCCCUGCUCAUCCACCUCAUCACCUUGCUUUACUGUAUGCAGGUAUAUGUUCGAUCAGUGUUUGAAGAAAAGCCCCCCACGGACACGAGUUCUGCAUUCCCGUCGUAUACCGGCAGCGUAACGACCCUCACCUACCGCCAGACCUUCAAGCGUGUCAAGCAUGUGGUUAAGAUGCAGUGGAGAGGAAUCGCCGUCGUCCUGGUCGUCAUGACAUAUGCCGUCUUCUUCACCCUCGUCUUCCUGGACCUCGAUCGUGCCGUGGACAAAACACCAGAUAACAUUAGCCGAGCUUACCCGUGGCUCGUCUGUAUUGCCCUGACAAACGGAGACGUGGGGAAGUGUUUAGAGGAACACAACUUGGGCGGCCCUUCCGAAGGCCUAGUGUUUACCGUUCUGAUCCUGCUGCCCUUCUGCGGCUUUUGGUCAGUCCUCCUUCUGGGCCGUCUGUCCAUAAUUACCGGCUGGGUGCAUUUCGUGAGAGGCAAAUUCAGACAGCCACAAGAGUUUCCGCCUCGAGGGAUAACUCCAAACAAGGACUAUGCGAUGCUUGGCUCUUCCUCUCGAUACAAUAACACCAAGUCGCCCGACCCUCUACUCUCCAAGUCCCGCCAGUCAGACCUAUCUAUGACUACAUUCAAAGUUUCGGGAGCAAAGGAAAGCGAGGACUGUAUCCGGGACGAAAUCAAGUACCCAAACCCUGCCAUGAGUUUCUCCAGGCCUCGCCCACCAAGCGCAUCCCGAACCGAACCGGCUGUGCGAGACUGGGAUCCGCAAUCGACUUUUGCCCCCAGUGCUUCUACACGAUCUCGAGGCUAUCCUUACUAUCCUGACGGCCGUUAUUCUGACCGCAACGUAUAA